GAGCAAUAAACAGGAGUUUUGCGCUGGGGAGUGGGAGGAGGGUUGUAAAUCGGGGUCUCUGAAUGAAAUCAGGUGUAGGGAAAGGAGAAAGAAAAGGCGAUGCCAAUCCAUCAUCUUCCUUCCUAUGACUUUUAUCCGCCGGUACACUGCCCUCACCUUCCCUGAUUACCUCCCAACUCUCCGAAGCUUCGACACGACCUCAUCUAUCUCAACUCUCCUCAAAGCCUGCACGACAACCUCUACUCUCGAACAGGUACACGCCCGUAUCAUCCGCAAGGGCCUCCACCAAGACCAUUUUAUUAUAUCCCAAUUCCUCACUCUCUGUAAUUCUCUCUCUAACUUCUCUUACACCACUAGCGUCUUCAACGGCGUUUCCUCUCCCAGCACUGUUCUGUGGAACACUUAUAUCAAAGGCUACUCUGAGAACUAUUCCGUUUCCCUCACCGUCUCGCUUUUUAUCCGCAUGAAGCGGUCCGAUGCUGUUCCUGAUAAAUUUACAUACCCCUCGUUGAUUAAGGCUUGCUCCAAGGUGUGUGGGGUGAAAGAAGGCGUGGCAUUUCAUGGGUCGGCAGUGAGGUGUGGGGUUGGAGGUGAUGUCUUUGUAAUGACGAGUCUGAUCGAUUUGUAUGGCAAGUGCGGGGAGAUUUUGUGUGCACGCAAGGUGUUUGAUGAAAUGGGCGAGAGGAAUGUGGUUUCUUGGACGGCUAUGAUUGCUGGGUAUGCCAGUUUUAGUGAUUUGGUGGAAGCCAGGAAGUUGUUUGACGAGAUGCCGGAGAAGAAUGCGGUGUCCUGGAAUGCAAUAAUAAGUGGGUACGUGAAGUGUGGGGAUUUGAGGAGUGCUAGGAAGAUGUUUGAUGAAAUGCCUCACAGGAAUGUGGUUUCUUUUACGACGAUGAUCGAUGGGUAUGCUAAGUCGGGGGAUAUGGCAUCGGCGAGGUUUGUUUUCGAGGAAGCCCCAGAGAGAGAUGUCGUUGCAUGGUCUGCUUUGAUAUCCGGGUAUGUGCAGAAUGGUCAGCCUAACGAGGCCGUGAAGAUUUUUCUUGAAAUGUGCUCUAGGAAUGUUAAGCCGGAUGAGUUCAUUAUGGUAAGUCUAAUGUCGGCUUGCUCCCAAAUGGGUAGUUUGGAACUGGCUAAAUGGGUUGAUGAUUAUGUGAGAAAAAGCUCAAUUGAUGUUCAUCGGGCUCAUGUCAUUGCUGCUCUUAUAGAUAUGAACGCAAAGUGUGGGAGCAUGGACAGAGCAACUAAGUUGUUUGAAGAGAUGCCAAAACGGGACUUAAUCUCUUAUUGUUCUAUGAUGCAAGGGCUAUCUAUUCAUGGGUGUGGGCCUCAGGCGGUUAGUCUCUUUUCUAGGAUGCUAAAUGAAGGGCUGACUCCAGAUGAUGUGGCAUUCACAGUCAUCCUGACGGCUUGUAGCCGUGCAGGGCUUGUUGAUGAGGGAUGCUAUUACUUUGAGUCCAUGAAAACUGACUACUCUAUAGUCCCUUCUCCUGAUCACUAUGCAUGUAUGGUUGAUCUUCUUGGCAGGGCAGGCAGACUGAAAGAAGCCUAUGAGCUUUUAAAGUCAAUGCCUGUGGAACCACAUGCUGGUGCAUGGGGUGCACUUCUUGGGGCUUGUAAGUUACAUUGUGAUAUUGAGCUAGGUGAGGUGGUUGCGGAUCAACUUUUUGAGCUUGAGCCGCAAAAUGCUGGUAACUAUGUGUUGUUGUCAAACAUAUAUGCGGCAGCUGAACAAUGGUUAGAUGUCUCUCUUUUAAGGAACAAGAUGAGGGAGAGAGGGAUUAGAAAGAUACCUGGUUGUAGUUGGAUUUAGUUGAUGGGGUUGAGUUGAGUUUCCUGACACACUCUUUUAUAUGAUGCUUGGUGUUGAAAUUGUUGAAGGACAUUUUGCUUGCUGAUAUUCAUCCCAUCUCUGAAAUAUUGGAGGGGAUUUUAUUCCCAGAGAUUCAACUUGUAUAUGAAAUGUGAUUGAGUGCUCAAAUGAAAUGCUAGACUCGGAAGACCAAUCCCGGAAUAUUGGAGCAUAGCGUCACAAUGCUUAAUGAUUCUCCAGUGACAUGUAUAUACCAAGGAUCUCCUCCAGAUGCUUUGCAAAAUCUGGAAAUCUGGAAAUCUGGAGCUGAGGUAAGAUUUUAACAGCCAAAGCAGGGAAGCAUGCUGGGUAUUUUUAGAGUGAGAAAGUGAGUAUUUGCUAGAGUGAGAAAGUGAUACCUAGAGAUCAUCAUGCCUUCAGCAUUCUUGACCAUAUUUUGGAAAAUCACAUUCCAAAUAUCAGUGUAUCAGCAAGAAAGAUUCUUUAGGAACCUUGAUCUUUUCAUGGUAUUCCUUUCCAACUACAUCGUGUGGAUUUAACAUUUAGCUGUAUAUCAAUUUAUAAAGUUCUCAUCAAAGAAGUUUAAGUUCAUAUAUCUAACAAAUUAGAAGGGUUACACAAUUUCACAUUUUCUUUGAUCAAUUUCUGGUAGAAUGGUAAUCACACUUCUCUUGGACAGUAGAAAUAAGCUGUUUUGGUUCCCAAUAUAAGUUGAACCUGGAACAUAUUGAUCCCUAGAUGGUUCCCACUUGCAGAACUGAAUCUGCAGCAUGGCUAUCCAAGUAAGAGAUUGCUACAGCGGCAUGGAGAGCUGCUCCUAUGGGAAGUGCUGUCUCAUCAAUAACAAAAUAUGGUGAGUGCAAUGGCUGAUCAGAUUUCAGAGUCUCGUUCUUUAUUCCAAGCUCAAACAUUACAGCUGGUACUUUUUGCGAAUAGAAGCUGAAAUCCUCUGCUCCCAUGGUUAUUGGUACAAGCUGCACAUUGGGCUCCCCAAGUAGGAUCUCUCCAACCCUUUUGGCAUGCUCAUACAACUCUUCAUCGUUAUCUGUUGGAGGAUAAGGCAGUGGUAUUUCCUCCCUGAACUCCACUACAGCAGUACAGCGGUGCACUGCUGCCUGUGACUCUAUGAUCUGUAAGUGACUAGUAUUUACUGCUCUCUUUCAUUGAAUGGUAAUGAUGAAAAUUUAUAAAGAUGAAAAACAAGAAAAAAAAAAAAUGAAGGCACAUUUACCUCU